CUUUAAAACCUCUGUCUUCGUCUCUCUCUGUUAGACGCCGCUCAGCAGAAAAGGAAUCAAGAGGAAGAACUGCAAAAUGAAGGGCCCACCGCCACAGCAUGUUGAAGAAGACGACGAAGAUGGCGAGUUAUUUCUCGAUGAAGCCGAUAUUGUUGAAGAGUUCCCCGUCGAUGAAGAAGAUCUUCCUGAUGCAGACGACGACGAAGCUGGCUCUGAUGAUGCAGAUAUUGAUGAGGAGCCUGAUGAUUCCGUGCAUAUAUUCACCGGUCAUACCGGUGAGCUUUAUACAGUUGCCUGCAGCCCAAUGGAUGCUUCAUUAGUGGCAACUGGAGGUGGAGAUGACAAAGGAUUUCUUUGGAGGAUUGGGCACGGAGAUUGGGCUUUUGAGCUCCAAGGUCAUGGAGAUUCCAUUUGCUGUUUAGCCUUUAGCACCGAUGGACAGUUGCUGGCAUCUGGAUGCUUGGGUGGACUUAUUAAAAUCUGGGACAUACCGUCCCAAAAUCUCAAAUUUUCACUUGAUGGUCCUGGAGAGGGCAUUGAGUGGAUCAGGUGGCAUCCAAGAGGACAUUUGGUCUUGGCUGGUUCGGAGGACUCUACUGUUUGGAUGUGGAAUGCUGAUAAAGGUGCCUACCUCAAUACAUUUUCAGGUCAUGGUGGUAGCGUCACUUGUGGUGAUUUUACCCCCGAUGGUAAAGUAGUCUGUACUGGUUCUGAUGAUGCAACAUUGAGGAUAUGGGAUCCAAAAAGUGGUAAAAACAUUCAUGUGGUGGGAGGUCAUGCAUAUCAUACCGAGGGACUUACAUGCAUGGCGAUAAGCUCCGAUUCUACGCUUGCCCUUACUGGUUCUAAGGAUGGUUCUGUUGGCGUUGUGAAUAUAACAAGUGGGAGAGUUGUUAGUAUGCUCAACUCUCACUCAGAUUCAAUUGAAUGUGUUGGUUUUGCACCAAGCUCCGGAGCAAGCUCACUUUGGGCGGCAACAGGAGGAAUGGAUCAGAAGCUUAUUAUCUGGGAUCUGCAGCACUCCAUGCGUAGCACAUGCAAACAUGAGGAUGGAGUGACAUGCUUGACAUGGAUCGGCGCUUCUAGUUACGUGGCUACAGGUUGUGUUGAUGGCAAAGUUCGAGUUUGGGACAGCCGCACUGGUGAUUGUGUAAGGACCUUCAGUGGACAUGCCGGAGCAAUUCAGUCUCUAUCUGUAUCUGCUAACCACGAUUUCCUCGUUUCAGUUUCACUUGAUGAAACUGCCAGAGUCUUUGAGAUUGCAGAGUUACGCUAAAUAAAUCAAACUUUUUUCUAUGCUUCACGUUGAAGUCUUCCUGAGGUACAUCGCAUUUGACAUAUAAAGAACAAAUAUUUACUAAUAUAUAAUUAAUUGUGACGAUAUUUGCAGCGACUCAGACUCAGGUACUUCUGUAAAGUUUCUUCAUUUAUUAUUGGUUCUUCUUGUGUUGCUGUUU